AUGUCGGAUGCACCACUAACCCCGUCACUAUCAGCAACACGUUAUGAACACCAGGAGAAAAUAAUAUACAGCGUGGACUGUUACAUCAAACACUUGUUUGAUGGAAAAGGUGGAGGACGGAACUCGGAUGCUACAGAUUUCGUCAAGUGUGAAGUUCGAGACAACACGACGGAUGCAUGGCAACAACUGUCGGAUCAAUGCUUCGAAGCCUCCGUCCUUAUCAAGUCACGUUCUUUCGCUAAAGCAAGGACUACAUUAGAUAGGUUCUUCGAUAAACUCGAUCUCGAAGCACGAAACCCCAACCCUCUGUUUAUGGUCAAGUUGUGGCGCAUCUGUCUCCAACUACGAAGCAAUGAUAGUCGGGUUCACCAGUUAAAGGCACUUGGCAGGUUCUAUGCAACACUCGGCAAAGCGUUCUCCGAAACUUAUGGCGAAAAGGAUCCAUUACGCACCCUGAUAACAUCUCUCAAACAACUAUCGCAGGCAGAUUUGAAAGACACUCUCCGGAUCGGAUAUUUCAAGACGAUCAAGACCCUGAGCGCCAUGGUAGGCGAGGAGAAAGCAGUUGUUCUCAAUAUGUGGUCACACUACUUCAAAUACUUCGACAGGCAAUAUCUUGACAGAAGAACACUAAUAUUCAAGUUUCAGCACGUAUGGGAUCAAGAGUCCGUGGACAAGGGAACUUGGAUCACAAUCAUCUACUACUACACCUAUGCAGCCUACUAUGUGUGUGAGAUGCAGGUUCUCGCCUAUUCUAUGGCGGCAUGGUUGGUAGAAGAGACUCAAACACUUCUUUGCUUGACAGAAUCACCACGUUGGACGCUACCAACACAGGCGUUUGUUUUCGCUUCGCAAGUGAAGGCAUCUCUUCGUCAGCAGCACUACUUGGACACACAUUGUCCCGAAUCUAAGACAAUAUUAACGAAAACCAUGGAAACGGCGAUCGCAAGACUACGUCUCGGGGACAGCGAAUGUCAGACCAGACAAAGUAUGCUCUCGGAUUUACUUCUGAAAUGGAUGAAAGAGCAAGAAGCUCAACAGCCAGACAAGGACAGACAGCCUGUGAAUGCUGAGAAGCAAGGUGAAGAAGUGGUUUCUCGGAAGCGGCAAAAGAUUCGAAAACGAAAGGCUUCCUUGAACAAGCAGGGUGAUUUGACCGGAAUCUGCACUAAAUGCAUUGUUAUGUGCACUUUGUGUCCGAAUAGGAUGGAUUGCAAGCAUUGCAGUAACGCGACUAGAGACUUGGAAUGUUGUCGGCGGCCAGAGGUCGACGAAAUCGUCCAGCAAGGAACAGAGUUCGCCGCCUACCUGCCUGAGAGUCCGAGCCGGGAUUAG